AUGAUGCUUGGCCAUGGAUGUACUGACACUUGCGACGAUACAAAACCCUGCCCUGUGGGGACGUCAUGUGUGGACAAUCAGUGCUGUACCUGUUCCAAAGAAGAGUACACGCUGAUUCUGAGAAACCUUACGUUCGACGAUUCUGGUCGCUACAAAUGCCAAAUUGCCAACCAAACUGAACAGCUGGAGUUUCAGGUAGAAGUACUUGAAUCCGGACUGAAGGGCGGAUUCCAUGAGAACAUUUCGUACGAUCAUUCGGAAUGCUGUCAAGAAAAGGGCAUAUCAACGCUAUGUCGGGCCAUGUGCAAGCCAAGUGAAAUGGCCCAGUACCACUUUGAUCCCACCAGCUGUAAGACAGACGACUACAAGAACUUCCUAUCCUGUGCUACUGACAACGGCAAUCGAAGUCAUAUACAUUGUUGCAAGACGCAGCUCGUGCCAUCAUUCUGCUACGACUUUUGCUCGGGAGACUUCAAGAUGUUGCGUCGAUCUCAUCGCCUGUGCCUCUACUACCUACCGGAGAUUUUCGAGUGCUACAAUCGAGCUUACCGUAUGUUACACAAUCCCUCUUUAGAUGUUAACAGAGGUCAAGACAGU